AGUUCGAAUCUUGGCCAAGAAUUACUGGACAGAGUGUUCAGACAUUUGAAUUUAUUGGAGACUGCCUACUUCGGGUUGCGUUACUUGGACCACGGCAAUCAAACGCAAUGGCUGGACCCGAGCAAGAAGAUUGGCAAACAGCUAAAAGUCCAAAAAGGUGAUCCUAGCUCGGACGUCCAUACCCUCUACUUCGGCGUGAAGUUCUACGCAGCGGACCCGUGCAAGCUCAUCGAAGAGAUCACGAGGUAUCAGUUCUUUCUGCAAGUGAAGCAGGACAUUCUGCAAGGAAGACUACCAGUUUCGUUCGACUUGGCUGCAGAAUUGGGAGCCUACGUCGUACAAUCGGAACUCGGGGAUUACGACCCAAGACGACAUUCCAUGGGUUACGUUACCGAAUUUCGGUUCUUAGCCAAUCAGACUACCGAACUGGAGAACCGUAUAGUGGAACUUCACAAAACUCUCGUAGGACAAUUACCAUCCGCCGCGGAGCUCAAUUACUUGGACAAGGUGAAAUGGUUGGAAAUGUAUGGCGUCGAUUUGCAUCCCGUGCUGGGCGAGGAUAGUGUGGAAUAUUUUCUGGGUCUGACGCCGAGCGGAAUUAUUUUGUUGCGCAACAAGACCAAAGUAGGGAAUUACUAUUGGCCACGAAUUAACAAGAUCUAUUACAAGGGUAGAUACUUUAUGCUGAGAGUCAGCGAGAAGAAUUCUGAAGAGAGGACUCAUGGUUUCGAGACCCCGUCAAAAGGUGCCUGUAGACACUUAUGGAAGUGUUGCCUGGAACACCAAGCAUUCUUCCGGUUGAUGGCCACGGGGCCGCCACCUUUGAGUCCGUACUCCCGUUUCCGUUCGUACAGUCCUCCAUCCGGGUUCGAGAAGCACACGCUAAUUCGUCGGAAUCCACCACCGAUUUUCCAAAGGACACCCAGCCGCAGGGCGCAGCGUCGCGUGGUCGAGGGACAAGAGAUGGUCGGAUCUUUCGUCGAGACACCCGCGACGGUCAACGCGAAUCCGAACAGCAACCCGACCCCAGGGAACGUUCUGUGCGGUGCACAAACCGUGAGACAGGCGAACAACUCGAGUCCCAGGAGUACCAGGAGCGCCCCUUGGACUCAGAGUCAACCUCGAGGUCUCUACACUUCGUCUAGUCCUCGGUCCGUCCGCUCCGCGGGAACGGCACCAGCACUCUUGAGCAGACUCCAACGGCGGAGCAGCUCUGUGGAGAGCCAAAGUUCGGGGGACAGCCACAGCCGCGGUGGUCAUCGCAGAAGAAGCCAUAGUCAUAGUCAUCGAAGGCACAGCCGUCAUUCCGAUUGCGAGUCCGAGCUUUCUAGAGGCUCGGACACCAGAUCGGGUCAUCGAAAGCAUCGCCGGAAGCAUAGAAGCUCUCGUUCGUCUAGACACGAAUUGGUGGACUCCGAGCCGCAAUGGAGGGAGGCGCAGAAGCGGAAGGGCGAAGGAGUUCAACGAGCCGUGGUGAGCCAUACGGAACCGAGAAGGCGGCACAGAAGUAGACAUCGAAGUCCCUCGCAAAAGCAACUGCCAGACGAGCUUAGGAAACACUUGGAAUUUGGGCUCGUGGAUACUACCGGGAUGAGCGAACAACAACGACGGGAGAUACCGUACACGGUGGUUCAAUCGCAAGCGGCGCAACAGUGUAACCUACAGUCUAGCAAUUCUCGAUUGGACGACGCAGAGUCGUCGUCCCUGCCUAGAACGAUCGGAUCCGCCGGGAAAAGAAACAGAAGAAUGAUACAGCAUUGUCGCGACGGGAGUUAUAACUUGCCGCCGACCCGGCCGAACCAGCUUGAGGCGAGGUACUACGACGGUAGUAGGAGCGAGUGCAAUGCGAGGAGGGACUUUUAUUAUACUCGUAACAACAGAAUAUUGAUAGGAAGUAACGUGGACAGCGGUCUCGGGGAAAGUACACCGCAGGAAUUUUCAAGCUGCUGCUCAAGUUCCGCGGACAGCGCUAAGCCUACACGUGUACCGCAAAUGCAAUUAGCGGGAGAGGUACGCUAUGAACUGUCUUCAAAUCAAGAAAUCUACCCUCCUGUCGAUACUACUCUGGACGCUGUUCUUCAGCCCAUUAUAUCAACUUUAACAAGGAGGCAACGGAACCGGCCGAAAUAAGCAUGAAGCUUUAAAAUAAAUAGAAAAUAGAUGUUCAUGCACAUAUUGUGUAUUUAAGAAAGUUUUUUAUACCUCA